GGAACAUGCCGCAGAACAGAAUAAAUGGAUCAGCUGGUGAUGUUUUCUCUGCGACACUCACCUGUGGAGCUCAGAAGCAGGAAGGCCCUGUGGUCGGCCAGACUCCGACGUUCUGUUGAGAUCAUGGAGAAGACAUUAUCAACAGGAUUAAUACAGACGGCAAUAGAGAACUGCGAGAAUGAGACUGUUGUGCAAUGGCUGAGAGCAAACUCAGAUUCGGAGGCCUUCUCCAAACUGCUGGACUUGUUUUAUUUCCUGAAAAGACACAUCGAUGAGGAAGAGAAGAAGAACCACAGUAACAGUGUUGACAUCACCUUUGUGGCUCAUGGAGCGAUCAGAGACUCCAUGAUCCCAGCCAGCUGCCACCUGCCUCUGUCCUCCGUCACAGACGUGGUGCUGUAUUCCCCCUGGAACUGCACCAUGGAUGCUAAUGUAGCGUACAGUGUUGCUACAGGACGCAUAAAGCCGCAGCACCGAGUCUUUACCUGUAACACAAAAGACGGCUGUCAGAUUCCCAAGGAGAAGCAUCAGCCCAUGAAUCUGCCCGAUCACUGGAACUCCCUGAAGAAGGCUGGAGACCAAAUGAUCCCCAACAUCACGCUCAGUCCUCUCACACCACAGGAUGGUUUCUGGGAAGGUUUCCAGUCUCUCUCAAAGAAAUAUGGUGAACCGGAGAGAAACCGCAUCGUCAUCCCGUACGUCCUCCCAGCAGGAAGUGUCUCGUUCUCUGUCGUCACUCUGGCCCUGUCGCUGGUGCUCUUCUUCUCCAGGUUUCAAGCCACCGUCCAUCUCAUCGCCUGUCUGGGUGAUCAGUCUGCUGGGAGGAAGUUUGACCGGGACUAUCUGAGGACACAGUACGCCUGCACUGUCGACAACACAAUAAUGACCUCAUCACCAGACAUCACUGAACGAUGGAUAGAUGUGUUUAAACGACUGUUUGAGUCUCCAUCAGACGGCGCUCCAAUCACUGACGGUCGAUCUACAGAGUCAUGUCAGAAAUAAGACCUGAUGUUUGAUGAAGCAGCUGAACUAACAGAAUCCUUCUGGCAGAGCGAGCGUCACCUGGUCUGGACUCCAGAGUCAGGAGUAAUAACAACAGGAGCAGGCGUUGGAUACAAGACAGAAGCUGCUAUCAAGGUCACGACUGUGAAACAGAAGAUCUAUACAAUCAGCACAGUUUCAAGAUUAGACCUUCAUUAUUUUUUCCUGUUAGACAUUUGUGUCAAGUUUGGUCAGAACUAGUGUCUGAAUUCUUCAGUUAUGUGAGGUCACACUGACCUUUGACCUGCGACCACUAAAUGCUGAUCAAUCAAAAUUUUCUGUCCAAGUUUGUGUCGAAUUUGAAGAAACGUCCUUGAAGUGUUCUUGAGAUGUCGUGUUCACAAGGACAGGACGGAUGUACGGACGGACAGACGGACAACCUGGACACAAAACGCCUCUGGAGCCAUAAAACUUGGAUUCAUCCGACAGCAUCAGCGAUGAACUGGUUUUGUUCUGAAUACAAAAUAUAAUAAUUGAAAAUUUUAUGUUUUAUAAUUAAAUACAGAUCUACACAGGUGCAGUCUGAAUGAGCUGACGUCUCAUCAGGAUACUGUGGGAGGUGACUGUCAACAAAUAUCCCAGCAUGCCUUUCACAUCGACCGCAGACAGCGGCAGAGACUUUGGGACCACAAGUGUUAUCACUUCUGUUCAGUCUGUUCCUGAGUCUCUCAGUAAAGUUCAGGGUUUUUUAGAUUUCAAGUUUGUGAUCGAUUUAUCCAAAUAAUGUUUGUUAUGUGUCAGAACACUGUGGACAGUGAUCAGCUGUUAUUACACAGUUAAUAUCUACCGUCCCUCAGACUGACAACAUGGUUCAUAUUCAGUCUGAUGCACAUAAUGCUAAAUGUAAAAUAUGUGAAAUAAAUUUGGAAAUCAAUAAACUUGUAAAAAAGA